GAGCGGCGGCCGGAGGAGCGGGCGGCCGGAGGGCUGGGAAUGGGCAGUGAGUGCCAGGAUGAGAAGGAGAACUCAUUGCUGAAUGCAGAGCACUUUGUGGUGGAUGCUGAUGCUGUUGGUGGCCGCAGUGCAGGGAGCAGUGUGCUACCUACACUCCCAGACACAGCCAGACAAGAAAAAGUUGAAGAUAACUUGGGAAUAGAAUAUAGGAACAGCUUUCUAAAGAACGUGAAAGAAGAUGGGGGAUGCAGCACCCUGCGGGCAACUGGGUCAUCUUCCCAAGGCUCCGUUGUCCUUGAUGGCCAGCAUGACUUUGCCUUGGCGUGUGGGCAACCGUCGGAUUUCUGCGGUAACACGAAGGUUGGAUUAGCACAGGAGCCAACAGGUCAGUCAGGGUCACAAGAGCACACUGAGAGUUACUGCCCUGCUGGGACUGAAAAGGAGGCAGAGAAGGAAAAAACUAAGAAAGCAUCCAGUGGAGUGCCUGGAGCUCCCUGCAGGCAGGAGGAGAUCGGCCCAGUCCCUCACCGAUCCAGAGGUACUCCAGCCAGCGCUGCAGCUCUGAAUUCCUACAAGGGCUCUUCAGUCCUGGAGUCCAGAGGCAGCUGUGAUGUGGCCAUGGGAAAAAAAUCCUUACCUGUCAAGAAGAAGCCCCGCACCUUCUAUAGUGCAGAGCAGCUAGAAGAGCUGGAGAGGAUGUUCCAGGAAGAUCACUAUCCUGACAAUGAGAAGAGGAGGGAGAUUGCAGCUGUGGUUGGUGUGACACCACAGCGUAUCCUGGUCUGGUUUCAGAAUCGCAGGGCAAAGUGGCGGAAAUUGCAGAAGUUGAGUAUAAAAGACAACAAAAAAUAUCCAUCAUCAUCAGCUCUGUUAGUCCCCUUUGGAUCAGAGGGUUAUGGGGCACUUCCUCUGCCUCCAUUGCCUGAUGCUGCUGGAGACCAGCCUGGCAUGCUGGGAAGAGACCCUGAAGCUGUGAACUCCUCCAGCCUGUUCAGCACACUUCCUGCAUCCCCCACUUCUGCCUCAGCCUCCUCGGUGGCAGGAAUAGUGGCACCCUGUGAAGCCCAAGCUCAGAGCAAGGCGCUCCCGGAGCUGCAGUUAAAACCCAGCGACUUUGAGUGCUUCCCUUGCUUUCCCAGCCCUCCUCCUGUCCGCAGGGCCAGCCUGGCGCUUAGCCUGGCCUUCGACCCCCAGAGCCACACUGUUCCCCUGAUGCUGGACACGCCCAGCGGUGACUGCAGCUUGGCUAGUCACGAGAACGGCUCCAGGGAAACUUUCUCUUACGGCGUCCAGAAUCAAGGCUUCAGUUCACCAGUUUCUUGCCCUUAUCCCGAGCACCUGGAGCCUGGACACAACCUGGAGGCCACCUACUGUCAGUACAGCAGCGAGAGGGAAAUCUAUCAGCUCUCCCAGUUCUGUCACCAAGGUCACCUGGCCAGCAAUAUGUUCUCCAACGACCACCUUCCUCUUCCAACACCCCUGGAGUCCCAUCCAGCUUUCCCUGACUUACCUGGUAAUGGUGGAGCCAUAACCUGUGGAGCCAUGCAAGGCUAUGUACAAAACAACAUGGGGGGAGCACUCAUGACACAGCAGCCAAGUGGAUAUUCAGCAGACAUCCCUGCCUAUCCAGCUGUGCCCUGGAGUGAUUUCUACAUGCAGGGAGCUCCUUUCUCCAGUCAGUUGCAUUCCCAAAUGCCUUUUUCUAGCACGGCAGGAGGACAGUACUUCACAGAGCCAUCUCUCCUUCAAGUGCCCAACACAACAGUAGUGGAAUCCAUGCCACAAACUGGAAAACAAAUGGGAGUGACACCACCAGAACAAAGUUCCUACCAGAGCCACCAAACAGAGCCAGAGACAGCAGCACUCACUGAAAAAGAGGACAUAGAGAGCAGCAGCAAGAAAGGAGAGACUAUUGAUGAAACUAAAGAAGAAAUUAAUGACUGAUGUUGCACUCUGAGAAAAAAAUAAGGAAGAGGAAAAAUUGCUCUUUUAAACUCUGCAAAAUAAGAGUCAAAAAAAGAAAAGAAUAAUAAUAUUUGCAGCAGAUGCACUUUAUAAUUUUAUUUCUUUUUUUGGUUGUAUUUUUUUUCUUGUUGCCAUGAUUAUUUUCUUGCAUAAAAAUGAAGCAGGGAUAUUUCACUCAACAAAAAAUAAAAGUUCCUGCUGGUUUUUUUGGUUUUGCUUUUUUUUUUCUUUUGUUUUGGUUUUGUUUGGUUUUUUGGGAUUUUUUUUUUGCAAAUCUCCUUUCUUUAUUCUAAUCUUGACCAGCCCUCAGACAGGAAAGAGCUGAUAAAGGAACCAGAGUCCCAUGAGUAAAAAUUCCAGAUCAUGCAAGUGUCAGAAGGUCUGGCUUCUUCUCUUGGGGAAGAGAAACCAGGAGGCGUAAGAUACACACAAAACAGGAGGAGAAACUCCAGCAGCUACACUUGAUUUUAGGGACUCCAGACAACAAAAUAAGUCUUCAUUGGAAGUCCAGUAGUGAUUUGGUGUUUGCUAGUCUUGAAUUAUUCUAAAAAAAAAAAAAGUUUCAUUGUAAAACUGUAACAAUAAACAGCAGCAAGACUGUAACUAUAAA